GGUGGGGGAAGGUGAAGGUGGGGGCGGGGACUGAAGAGCUGGGGGCUAGAAGCCACUGGGGCUUAAAGACAGCCUGGGAGUGAGGCCACUCAGCCAGAGGAAGGAGACAGCUCCCAAGCCCCCAGGCAGAGACUCUACAGAGAUGGAGCAGAAGGAAGGGAAGCCUGAGGAUGGUACCGCAGUUGCCCCGGAGAUGGUGGGAGGUGGAGCUUCUGCAGAGAAAGAGGCCACAAGCCCAGAUGAGAAGAUCAUCAAAGAGGGGCCUCCAGAUGGGGCAGGAAAGCAGGCACCAGCCGAGGACAGUACUUCAGCUGAAUUCCAUGGGGAAGCAAAUGGGUUGGAUGAGGUCAAGGUUGAAUCCAAAGAAGAGGUUGAACUUCAAAAGGAGGAUGAUGGGAAGAAAGAGACCACCGUGGCUCCUCAGGAGAUGACUGACAAGAAAGGAGAGACCAACUUGGAAUUCAAGGAGGCUGAGGGCAAAGAGGAGGCCAUGUUGGCCUCUGAGAAGCAGAAGGCUGAUGAGAAAGAGACCAAGCCUGAAUCUAGGGAGAAAGGCGAUAUGAAUGAUGAAGCCAAGGCUGAGCCAAAGCAGGCUGCUGGGGAGCAGGAGGCCAAGGCCAGAGGCAGGGAGGUCGAAGGGAAGGAGGAGGCCAAAGCUGGAGGCAAGGAUGCUGAAGGGAAAGAGGAGGCCAAGGCUGAAGCCCAGGAGAAAGCCAGUGCUCCAGAGGCCAAGUCAGACUCUCAGAAGAAGGCUGCAGUGGAAGAUGAGGCCACAGCUGAACUGCAGGAGGUUGAUGUGAAGGAGGAGAUGGAGCCAGGUGGUCCCGAUAGUGAAUCUUCACCCAGCGAUGUGCCCCAGAGUCCCAUGGAGCCCCCUCCCUCCCAGGAGAAGAAGAAAGAGAAGGCACCAGAGCGCAGGGUGUCAGCCCCUACCCGGCCCCGGAUGCCCCGUGCGCAGAACCGCAAAGCCAUCGUGGACAAGUUUGGGGGGGCAGCCUCGGGCCCCACGGCCCUGUUCCGGAACACCAAGGCCGCUGGGGCCGCCAUCGGUGGUGUUAAGAACAUGCUUCUGGAGUGGUGCCGGGCCAUGACGAGGAAGUAUGAGCACGUGGACAUCCAGAACUUCUCGUCCAGUUGGAGCAGUGGCAUGGCCUUCUGUGCCCUCAUCCACAAGUUCUUCCCUGACGCUUUUGACUAUGCUGAGCUGGACCCCGCAAACCGCCGGCACAACUUCACCCUGGCCUUCUCCACAGCAGAGAAGCUGGCUGACUGCGCCCAGCUGCUAGAGGUCGAUGACAUGGUGCGGCUGGCAGUGCCUGACUCCAAGUGUGUCUACACCUACAUCCAGGAGCUGUACCGCAGCCUCGUGCAGAAGGGGCUGGUGAAGACCAAGAAGAAAUGAGGGGCUGGCCGACCAUGUGGGCAGAGGUGGGUAGGGUGCCCAGCUGCCCAGCUGCGGCCCCGAGGCUCACCUCUGCUUCAUGAAGGCAGCAGUGCUGGGGCUCGGGAAGGGGCAGGUGGCACCAGUCUUAACUACAUUAAAAGUACUUUUGUAAAAUCCU